CCUUCUCCCGCUUCCUCACCCUCUCCAAAAAUACCCAAACGCUGUGCUCACUGAAAAUCGCUCCGGCUCGUACGCGAAGCAAUCGGGCUGGCAGUUUUUAACCGCAAUUCAGCAAAACAACCUUUUAACUGCUGCUUCUCACUAUCGCCGGCUGAAUAGCCAUGUUCUUGGUGGCAUUUUGCAUCGUUAUUUAGUGUUUAUAUGCUUUAUUCGCGUCUGUGCCGUAGUUUAACCACUGCUGCUCUAGUGUGAGAGAGAGGCAAAGGAGCAGCAUUGAUUAGCAACACAACAGCCAAUAAAAAAAACGCGACAACGUUCCACAUUAUCGGGUCGCAAAACUUUCUCUUCGUAUUCCGGCACCACGGUACGUCUUCAAGGUGAGCAGCGGCUAAGCGAAUCGGAAGCAUCAUGACACGCAUGAAUUUGUGUGCAUCCGUCUGCUGUUAAACUCAUCCACCACGUAAUUGGCGUCGGGUAGAAUUGUCCUGUGCACCAGAAGUUGCACCCCCUCCCGGAAAACAGACCGACCCACAUGUAGGUUAGCGAUAGGUGCAAGGGUUACGGUGGAGAUUGUGUGACCUCAAAAGUGCAUUAGUUAGCUGUGUAAGUAGAUCUUCGGUCGGCAUUGUGAAGGUGGAAAAAGAUUGCUUCGUUUCAUCGUUGGAAGGCCCGUUUGCGAUGGUUAUGAGAAACGAGCAUAGUAGGAAGAUUGUAGCACGGUUGUAAAACAUUGGAAUCCAUUCGUAAUCGACUGCAAACCCACCACCCAUCGGUACAUCGAGAAGGAGAUAAGAUUGCCACUAAACUAACCAUUCAAAAUGAUGCAAAAGAACUCAACCUUCGAGGACAAAUGGCCCAGCAUGCGGCCCGUUGUUUUGAGCUUGCUGAAGCAGGAGCGCGUCACACCGUCCGAAUGGCAGGAGCUGUUCUUCGCCGUGCAUCUGGUGUGCCUGUGGGACGAUAAGGGGCCGCUGAAGAUACACGAAAGCCUGCAGCAGGACAUCGUGGCGUACAUCAAGCAGGCCCAGUGCCGCGUGCUGGCCCAGCGCGAAGAGCAAGCCCUGCUGAAGGCGUACAUCGUCGAGUGGCGCAAGUUUUUCACGCAAAGCAACUACCUGCCGUUGCCGUUCGCGAAGCUCGAAAGUUGUCUGCAAAGCAAGGGCAGCUCGUCGUCCUCGGUUUCGUCGUCCGGCGGUGGCGCUUCCUCGUCGUCUGCCUCGUCGUCGGCCACGGUAACGGGGGCCGGUUCGAGCCACAACUCAUCGGCCUGUGCGUCCGGAGCGGGUACCAGCAGUGGUGGUGGUGGUGGUGGUGGCAGCAGCAGCAGUAGCAGCAGUUCCUCGAAAAAGCCCAACCACGCCGAAGACUCGAUCGUGCGCAAGCUGAUGCUGGACUCGUGGAACCAGAGCAUCUUCAUGAACAUCAAGCACCGGUUGCAGGAGUCCGCCAUGAAGCUGGUGCACGCGGAGCGCAAUGGGGAAGCGUUCGACUCGCAGCUCGUGAUCGGUGUGCGCGAAAGCUACGUCAAUCUGUGCUCCAACACGGAGGACAAGCUGGAGAUCUAUAGGGAGAACUUUGAGGCGGCCUACCUGCACGCCACGUCCGCCUUCUACCGGCUGAAGGCGAGCGAACAGCUGCAGACGAACGGCGUGAAGAGCUUCAUGGAGUACGCGGACGCGAAGCUGCGCGAGGAGGAAGCGCGAGGCGAGCGGUACCUCGAGCCGGGCAGCAUCACCGCCCUCGGCCAGUGCUGCGUCACCGUGCUGAUCGGGGACCACUUGCCGACGCUGCUGGCCGAAUGUGCGCCACUGAUCGAGGCACGGGAAACGCAGCGGCUGCAGCUAAUGUUUCGCCUGCUAGAUCGCGUAGCGGGCGGGGUGGAUCCGAUGCUGCGGGACCUGGAGAAUCACAUCGUGCAGGCGGGGCUGGCGGACAUGGUGGCGGCGGCCGAUAUCAUUACGCAGGAUUCGGAGAAGUACGUCGAGCGGUUGCUGAAGCUGUUCCGCCGGUUUAGCGAUCUGGUGAAGGAAGCGUUCAACGACGAUCCCCGGUUUCUGACCGCGCGCGACAAAGCGUUCAAGACGGUGGUGAACGACAUUACGCUGUUCAAGCUGGAGCUACCGACGUCGAACACGGCGAUGGCGCGCGGCAUCAAGAUAUCGACGCCCGAGUCGAAGUGUCCCGAGCUGCUGGCCAACUACUGUGAUAUGCUGCUGCGGCGGACACCGUUUAGCAAGCGGCUGACCACCGAGGAGAUCGAAUCUCGUUUGAAGGACGUACUGCUGGUGCUCAAGUAUGUAAGCAAUAAGGAUGUCUUUAUGCGGUACCAUAAGGCUCACCUAACGCGCAGACUCAUUCUCGACUCUAGCGCCGACAGCGAAAAGGAGGAGGACAUGGUGGAAUGGUUGCGGGAGGUUGGUAUGCCGGCGGAUUAUGUGAAUAAAUUGGCUCGAAUGUUUCAGGAUAUUAAGGUUAGUGAAGAUUUGAAUACUCAGUUCCGUUCGCAAACGACGCGCCACGAUGCGAUUAACAUUAAGAUCCUGAAUGCCGGUGCGUGGGCCCGCGGCUCUGAGCGGGUGUCGGUCAGUUUGCCGCUCGAGCUCGAAGACUACAUUCCGGAGGUGGAAGAGUUCUACAAGAAGAAGCAUUCGGGCCGGAAGCUCCAGUGGUACCAUCACAUGAGCAACGGCACGAUCACGUUCGCCAACAACACGGGCCGGUUCGAUCUGGACGUGACGACAUUCCAGAUGGCGGUCCUGUUCGCGUGGAACCAGCGCCCGAACGAGAAGGUUUCGUACGAAAACCUGCGCCUCGCGACCGAGCUGCCCGAUCCGGAGCUGCGGCGCACGCUCUGGUCGCUGGUCGCGUUUCCCAAGCUGAAGCGCCAGCUGCUCGUGUACGAACCGGCCAUCAGCAAUCCAAAGGACUUUACGGAGAACACGCUGUUCUGGGUGAACCAGGAGUUUGCGAUCAUCAAGAACGGCAAACCGCAGCGGCGCGGUAAGGUCAAUCUGGUGGGCCGGCUGCAGCUCAGCACGGAGCGCUCGCAGCAGGAGGACAAUCAGUCGAUCGUGCAGCUACGAAUACUGCGCACGCAGGAGGCAAUCAUCAAGAUCAUGAAGAUGCGCAAACGGUUAAGCAAUGCUGCGCUACAGGCCGAACUGGUCGAUAUACUUAAAAACAUGUUCCUGCCAUCGAAGAAAAUGAUCAAGGAGCAGUUGGAAUGGUUAAUAGAGCAUAAGUACAUGCGGCGAGAUGACGAUGACAUCAACACCUUCAUCUACAUGGCGUAAGGCGUCGACAAGGGCCUCAAGCGAUUGAACAAGUAACAGCAUACAACUGUGAAGGUGCCGGUGAAAUGGUGAAAAACACGCGGGCACAGCUUAGCCCGGCAUAGCAUUAGCAGUUUGAUUUUGAUGACUGAACCCACAGACACACAUACACACAGGCUUAGGGAAGAGGGGGGCUUUUCCAAGGGUGGGGGCACACGGGAACUCACUUUGGCGUGGAGCCGAUUAUUUGUUGUUGUUUUAUUUUCUACAGUGGAUAUACGCGUCACCUAACACGGCAGAGGUGAGAACACUUACAGUGGAAUAUCAUCGUAAUCAGCCUCCGAACCUCCGAACCUGAUGUGCUGAAAACAGUUAGUAAUAAAAGAGAAAAAGUGAAAUAGA